AUGGUUGCUCACGUCACUGCUUAUUAUUCCGCGUUGUUUUCCAACUAUGAUGGUGAUGGCAUCGCCACUGCCGCCUGUUUAGACGAGCUGCGUUGUUUCUUAACGGACGACGAUCACGCCGACUUAACUGCAGCGUUGUUGCCACAAGAUGUUUUUUCGUUAUUGAAGGCGUGUCCAAAAGGGAAGUCUCCAGGGCCCGACGGUUUACCGACGGGAUUUUAUCUCGCCGUCUGGGACAUUAUUGGGGGCAUGUUCACUUCAUUGAUCAACGAAGUCCUUCUUGGUGUGGCAGUGCCCAGCCGUUUUAUGGACGGUAGGGUGGUGCUUAUUCCUAAGAAGGAAGGAGACUGUCGCGUCCAAGACCUGCGGCCUAUCACCUUAUUAAAUGCCGACUAUAAGAUCGUUGCGAGAGUGGUGAAGCAGUUGGAUAACUGGCUGAAUGCAGCGGAUUUGACACGUGGACCUGCUCGAGCAAUAAUAGCACCUUACGCCGGAUAUCAAUACAGUGGGGCCUGUAGCGGUUUUGCGUCCCGGCAAGUCAGUGCCGUCGUAGUGAGACGGAUUUUUAUAUUGGGACCAUCCCAUCAUGUGCGUCUCGGUGGAUGUGCACUUUCUACUGCUACCAAGUACUGUAUGCCCUUAUACGACUUGCGAGUUGAUGUGAAAGUAAAUGCUGAUCUUGACGCUACAGGACAUUUUGAGUGGAUGGACAUGUCUGUAGACGAAGACGAACACAGUAUAGAAAUGCAUCUUCCUUACGUUGCCAAAGUAAUGGAGGAUUAUAAAGAUUCUUUUACAAUUGUGCCAGUAUUAGUUGGCUCACUGACGCCUGACAAAGAGUCUGUCUACGGCAGUAUUUUCUCGCAGUAUUUAGCAGAUCCACAAAACUUAUUUGUGAUAUCGUCUGAUUUCUGCCAUUGGGGACAUCGCUUCAGAUACACGUACUACGAUCGCAGCUGUGGUGACAUAUUUCAAGCAAUAACAUAUUUAGACAAAAUGGGAAUGGACAUUGAGUCCCUAGAUCCACAAGCCUUUACUGCAUAUUUGAAGAAAUAUGGAAACACUAUAUGUGGACGUCAUCCCAUAGGUGUUUUAUUGCAAGCUGUGAACAGUUUGCAGAAAUCUGGUAGUAAUGGUCAUAGGAUGUGCCUUAAGUUCUUGAAAUAUGCACAGUCCAGCCAGUGUAACAAUAUGAGUGAUUCGUCUGUAAGCUACGCAGCUGGAGCCCUCACGAUUGAAUAACAAUCAGUUUUCUUUUAUCUCAAGCCACUAGUGAUUGACUGUUAUGAAGGAACUGCGAGAAAUAAGUUGAAUAAUUCUUUUAAAUCUUUACAAAAUUUAACAGGAGCAAAUGGAAGAAUGCGGACCUGCAACCACCAAAAUGCGUUUAUCUUGUUAAAACUUGUUUUAAAAGUACAAGCUGACCCAUUUGUGCAGUUUGCAGUUGGUGCUGCCCACCCAACGAUAAACAGGAACGAAGGUGUAUUACUGUAGUUUACUGCAAAAAAUGGAAUCUGAUGAGCUCUAAACAAAGGCCUAUAACAUUAUAUAUAUAUGUGCGUGUGUGUUUGUGUGGGACAUAAUUGAACCAAGAAUUAGUGUGCUAUGAAAUGAUAAUACUCUGAAUUUAAGAGUGUGGUUCAGUCAAUAUAUCACAGGAAGAAAGGGUCUUGAGAAGGGUGUCGGGGGAGAAAAAUUUUUAUUUGCUGGGUCAGUAUUAAGUAAUGAUCCACUGCAGGAAUUUAUUUGUAUGCUGCAAUACAAUCUGGGAAAUGGUAUAAUUAAAAUGUGCUGCAAACAUGCAUUUGCAAACUAUUACAGACAGUUUUCUCAGGAAGCAGAAAUAAGUUACAAAUAUGCAAGAGACUGUAGCAAAUAAUUUUGGAAUACUGUAGCUUGGUCAGAUUUAUGCCCAACAAUAAAGGGACAAUACCAUAUAAUUAUUUUGCUUAAUAUCAUAUUGAUUCAACUGUGAUGUAUGUUAUAUCAGUUAUCGAAGUGCCUAAACAUUUGGUUACUUAACUGGCUGCAGAAUUACUUCUCACUGUUCACUGAACAGUAUGCUACCAAAGUAAAUAUCAUUAAAUUUUGAAUCACUUGCCAAGAAUUUUCUCCAGUUUUUCUUUUAAAUCUAUCAGAAGAGGCAUCACUCAUAUGGCUUGAACCUCAUGGAUUUUGCAGAGUUGCUAAUGUGUGAAGCUUACCCAGGCAUCUGUUUACGUGGACAUCUACUUGCCAGUUACGAUAAGCUUGUUCGCCCAGUAAAGAAACAGAAUGACACAGUAACUGUAGAAGUCCGUCUUGAUGUACUGUACAUCAGUGUUGUGAGUAAUUUUAUGGGAAAAAAAUAAUAGCCUCCAUACC